AUCCAGGUGGCCAAAGCCCCCCUUAUCAAAUCUUCAAAGCUCGGGCUAUCAGAAUUAUCACCACUGAAGAUUUCCAUCUCCCCAUUCUCCGUUUUCCAUCGUUCGUCAUGACAUGCGCAAUCGACAUCGAAAAAAUAUACUGAGACAAUUACUAUUUCCCAACCCACCAUGAUCUUCAUGAGACGACAGUGAUGCUUCAUCCUGUACAAGGUCGCAUAAGGAGCGCGCCCACUGCGACCUUUGUGCGACUAGCCAAACACCAAGUGCAAAAUCAUGCUCAUGGUUUGCGCAAACCAUGGCUGUCGCACUUGAGAAUGCAGACUACUGCCGCAGUUGCGCAAUCCGCCAAUGAAUCUCACAGUGAAUCUCUUCUACGAGACCACCCCAAAAGUCUUGCAAUACCGUCCGAGGCGAGAUUCAACGAAAUAGGCGUGCAACAACUCAGUGCCCAUGUAUUCAAGCAGAUCUUCCCUAGAGGUUGUGAGCCGCCUCCAGAAGAACUCAUAGAACUAUCUAAAGACCAUUUGAACCGUCAUGACCUGUUCGGAAAAAAUACCGAUAAAACUGCUCCCAUUGCUUUUGACGUUCCACGCCUCCAAGGGAAAUCCUUGGAUGAACAUUUCCAUAAACUAGGCGUUGAUUGCGCCGAGCCCUUCCUUUCAUACGCAAAAGAAUUUGCGAGACAAAAUGGACCUCCCCGCCCAAGAGAAUGGGUCAAACGAAGCGGGUGGACCAAAUAUUACCCUGAUGGACGGACCGAAAAGCUCGAUGCUCCUGACGACAAUAUGCUUUGCUUCGAUGUGGAGGUAAUGUGGAAAGAAAGCUCCUACGCUGUAAUGGCCUGUGCAAUGAGUCCGACAGCGUGGUAUGCUUGGCUAUCACCUUGGCUACUAGGAGAAUCCGAGUGCGAUCGACAUCUAAUUCCACUCGGCGAUCCAACCAAGGACCGCAUUAUCAUCGGCCACAAUAUUGGCUACGAUAGAGCAAGGAUUCUUGAAGAGUACAAUUUGAAGCAGUCGAGAAACUCUUUUAUUGACACCAUGUCAUUGCACGUCGCUGUAAAUGGCAUGUGCUCACAGCAACGACCCACGUGGAUGAAGCACAAGAAAAAUAGAGAACUUCGAGAAAGAAUCGCCAAAGAGACAGACAAUAUUGAGCUCGCAAACCUCUUGGCAGUCGAUCGUGAAGACGAGGAGGAACUUUGGGUUGAGCGUAGUUCAAUAAAUUCUCUGCGCGAUGUCGCUCAAUUUCAUCUAAACGUCACCAUCGACAAAGCCGCUCGAAACGAAUUCGGAGAAUUAGACAGGGCCGGAGUUGUCGGCAAGCUUGACGAGCUGCUGGAUUAUUGUGCAGCGGAUGUGGCGAUCACCCACCGAGUCUACAAGAUUGUUUUCCCCAACUUCCUCAAAGUCUGUCCCCAUCCAGUCAGUUUUGCUGCGUUGCGACAUCUAUCUUCCGUCAUACUCCCUGUCGACAAGUCCUGGGACGCAUAUAUUGCCAACGCGGAGGCGACGUAUCGCAAGUUAUCCAACGAUGUCCAAGCUCGUCUGGUUUCGCUUGCGGAGAAAGCGCUCGAAAUCAAAGAUGACGCCGAAAAAUGGGGUAACGAUCCCUGGUUGAAGCAAUUGGACUGGUCUGGCCAGGAAAUCAAGAUGGUAAAAGGGAAGAAAAAGAACGAUCCGCCCCGACCUGCCGCUCGCCAGAAGAAGCCGGGAAUGCCCAAAUGGUAUAAAGAUUUGUUCAAGAAAGUUGAUGACCCUAUCAGUCUCACAGUCCGAACUCGGAUCGCCCCUCUCCUUCUCCGACUUGUAUGGGAUGGCCAUCCCUUGGUCUGGUCUACCAAAUAUGGCUGGAUCUUUAAGGUGCCUCCUUCAGAAGUGCCAAAAUAUGCGGCGACAACGCUUGUCCGAUGUGACCUUUCGGACGAACCGAUAGAGGAUUUGAAAAACGACUUGGAGGGAGUCUACUUCAAACUCCCUCACAAAGAUGGGCCGUCUUCGAGGUGUGUGAACCCGUUGGCGAAGGGAUAUCUUGUUUACUUUAACAAUGAAACAUUAUCAUCCGAGUACCCUCUGGCGAAAGAGGCACUCGAUAUGAAUGCUUCAUGCUCUUACUGGAUCAGCGCCCGAGACAGGAUUAUGUCUCAAAUGGUUGUCUACGAAAAUGAAAAGCUUACAAAUGGAGAAACGUCCGGUAAGGAACCUAAGGAUGACCGAGGGUAUAUUUUACCUCAAGUUAUUCCUAUGGGAACUAUUACCAGGAGAGCCGUCGAAAAUACCUGGCUGACCGCCAGCAACGCGAAGAAGAACCGGGUUGGGUCUGAGUUGAAGUCCAUGGUCAAAUCCCCCCCGGGAUACUGCUUCGUUGGUGCUGAUGUCGAUUCCGAAGAGCUUUGGAUCGCCAGUGUCAUGGGGGAUGCUACAUUUAAAAUGCACGGUGGGAAUGCCAUCGGCUUCAUGACACUGGAAGGCACCAAAGCUGCAGGAACCGAUCUUCACUCUCGCACAGCAUCUAUCCUGGGUAUUACACGUAACGAUGCCAAAGUUUUUAACUAUGGCCGAAUUUACGGUGCCGGGCUCAAGUUUGCUUCCACCUUACUCAGGCAGUUCAAUCCAAGCCUGUCUGAAAAGGAGACUUCAGAGAUUGCUGGAAAUUUAUAUCAUGCCACCAAGGGCACAAAAACGAACAAGAAGGCACUAUAUCAACGACCAUUUUGGAGAGGAGGAACUGAGUCAUUUGUAUUCAACAAGCUUGAAGAGUUUGCCGAACAAGAACGUCCACGUACGCCGGUCCUUGGCGCUGGAAUCACGGAGGCCUUGAUGGCUAGAUACAUCAGCAAAGGAGGCUAUCUAACUUCCCGAAUCAACUGGGCAAUUCAGUCAUCGGGUGUCGAUUAUCUCCAUCUGUUGAUCGUCUCCAUGGACUAUCUAACCCGACGCUUCAACAUCGACGCUCGUCUUGCUAUCAGUGUCCAUGAUGAAAUCAGAUAUCUCGUGAAGACUGAGGACAAAUAUCGAGCAGCGAUGGCUCUUCAAGUUGCCAAUCUCUGGACUCGGGCCAUGUUUGCCCAACAAGUCGGUAUCGAUGAUUUGCCACAAGCCUGUGCAUACUUCUCUGCGAUUGAUAUCGAUCACGUUCUUCGCAAAGAGGUGGACAUGGAUUGUGUGACGCCGAGUCAUGCUACACCUAUUCCUCCAGGAGAGAGUUAUGAUAUUGAAAAUUUACUCGAAAAGGGAGCGGAAGCGUACCUCGACCCGGCCAUCGUUCCAGCACGCCACGCCCCUAAACUAAAGGACAUACCGUAUACGGUUAGGCAACCUGUCAUGGCGCAGCUGAACGCUUCUCAGAAUCCCGAUGACUUCACUUUCUUAAAGGCCCAGAUCACGAACGACGAAAAGGAGCUCCGUGAAAUCAUGAAGGGCCUAAGGAAGAGCUCCAGCAGUGGGUCAGCAGCUGGCGGCGACACAGUGAAACAACCCAGACAGAGGAAAAUGCCGUAUAGCUCACAGCCUCAGCUCAUGCCGCAAAUGUACGUACCGUUCGAGGCGAAAUUCACGUCGAACCGGGAUUUCAGCGGCGACCAGUGGACUUUUGAAAGUAUGCCCCCCAGCAUGCCCUCUGGAAGUUUACCUUCUCGCCCUUUGAAAGGACCGGGGAACUAGACUCUAAACGAAUGAAUGAAUGGGCAUGCCAUAACAGCCUAUAUACUUGACUCCUGCUUCACACAAUCCUAAAACAUGCUUUCUUUUUGUCAAAUAUUCCCUGCGGUAUUGCAUUUAAAACGAAGGGGGAAACGUUCGGAAUGCGGUUAUGAUUUUCAACGCGAAAGUGAUGGUAGUAGUGGCAAUGUAUCAACAUCAAAACCGGCGUUGACGGGUUAGCCGGGGGAGGGAAGGAAUGUGUAUAAUAAUGAGAAGGGGGAAAUGAGGGCUUAUGCUAUCAUGUAUCUUGAAAAUGAAGCAAGCAAGCAUAGCCUCUUGCUUGCGAAUUAAGAAUAUACCUCGUAUUGGCAUGGCUCUUGGGGAUAUGCUUAUUACUCGGCGGCUUGAGUGAAGUACUUGUACCCUCCCGUUAGAGGAUUGGAUUUUGGCAAGGCUGGUUUGGUCUAUGUGAGUCCUGAUAGUUUUGGUAGCAAUAUACCUAAGUAUCUAUGUGAUCUACC